AUGUCUACCAAUCAUUCCACAGCUGGCGAGAUCGCCAUCGCCGAAGAUAGUUUAAGAAUAUGGAGCUGCGUUACAUGUCGGCGUCGCAAGGUGAAAUGCGACAGAAAAGACCCUUGCUCUAAUUGUGUCAAGAACCAAAUCGAAUGCCACUUUCCUGUUACUGGCCGUCUUCCACGCCGACGAGAUCCCGCGGCGUGGAAGUCGCCAACUGAGAAGCAAGCCGAACUAUUAGAUCGAUUGAGGCGUCUUGAAUCACUCGUUACAGAACUUGCAGCACAAGUGGAAGACGGCCCGGACAAGAUCCAGUCCCUAUUCACGGGGCCAAUGACCAGUGCCACAGGUGUCAUCCAUUCUGGAGAAACAGUCAACGCUGCGGUUGGGAAGCGAGGACCACGAGAUUUGGAAUCACCCAUGGCAGUUGGCGAAUUGAUAUCUGCCAUGAAAUCUUCGUUUCAAGGAGAGAUAAAUGAAGAUUUUGGGAGAUUGGUUGUUGGAAAAGAAGCCGGUUUGCAAAUCGGAAAGGGUUUCUGGUCCAUUUUCUGCAAUGAGGUCGAGCACAUAUUUCAAGCUAUUCAAGAUGUGACUUCCGAUAAAUCAGGCUCAAACCUUGAGGCCACUUCAUCGAACAGCCAAAGACAGUCAAAUAGCAUCUACUCGGAAUUUUAUUUAGGAAACCAGUAUACAAGAGAUGUCCCUCAAAGCCUCGAUGCUUUAUACCCCCUACCAUCACAGAUGCUUUUCAUCUGGCGGACAUAUCUAGAGAACAUUGUUCCAUUCAUUAACGUCAUUGAUAUUGCAGCUGUGGAAGAGGUGGUAACUAAUUUGAGGGGCAAAUUUGACUUCCUUGAGCCGAGCUUGCAGGCCUUAUUAUUUGCGGUAUCCUUGGCAGCAAUCACAUCAUUGCACGAAGAAGAAGAUCUGGCUUGUUUCGACACACCGCGAAUUGAGCUAAUUGCUCGAUUUCGCCUUGGAACAGAGCGGGCGCUCGCCAAUGCCGAGCUGUUGACUACGAGAAAAAUUGAAACGAUCCAAGCAUUCGUAAUAUAUCUCUCGCUUCUACCAUACAUCGGAGGCCAGGAACUGUUAUCGCCAUUCAUGGGCCUCUUACUAAGGAUUGCGACAUCUUUACAGCUGCACAGAGAUGCGGAAAACUUCAAAAUACCUACUCUGACCAAAGUUGAGAUUGAGAUACGUCGCCGACUGUGGUGGCAGAUUAUCUUCCUUGACUCAAAAUCUCGAUCAAAACGUACAGCAGGAUUGUCAGCAUCAGAUACAAUGUUCGACACUAAAAGUCCAAGCCAUAUGUUGGAAGAUGAAGAAGCCCAAGACAAAGUAAAAGUUAGUCCAUCCUGGAACAAGUUAAACAAGCUUAUCAUCGCCGCUGAAGCCCAUCGAGGGAGGAAUCCAGCAGAGGGGACGUUACGCGUGCGUCCCCAAAAUAAGCCAUAUACAGCCAGCUUCAUCAAUACGGAGGAGAACGUCAGUGGGGCUUCCGAGGCCUCAGUGACUCAGUCGGCUAAUACUCAUAUUCCGCUCGAUUACCCAGAGUCCAACCAGGCCGCAUUCGACAAUAGGUCAGAGAUUGAUGAAUCGAAUAAAUUUGAAUCCGCUAUGGCAUUCUAUCCUAUGGAAUGGCGUCCAUGGGAUGAGGGACUCGCCACUGACAACGAAUUUUGGGACUUCGAUUUUGCAAAUGUCGAAGAAUCGCUGGAACUAUAG